GGAGCCGGCCCGGAGUCUCAGGCAGAAGGUGGAACGGCUGACGUGGGCGCGUCUCGGUGGCUGUGGACCGGUUUGGCCCGUCUGUGGAGAGCCCGGCGUUCCUCCUUGGAGCCCCCUUCUCCCAGAAAACUUUACCCGAAGUGAGAGAGGGUGGACGCCAGUUCACCAUUUAGGGCAUCUAAGAAUAAUGCUAUAAUAAACAUUCUUCUACCUGGACCUUAAUGCAAAGAUACUGACGUUUCCAAGACACCAAGAUACAAGAUAUAUACACAUACAUAUAUGCUUUGGAGUCCUAGGAGAAUUGUGGAUUCAAAGACCUGUAAUGGCCAAAUACUACAGUGAAGUUCAAAGUUUGCAGCAGGAUGACUCAGUUAUAGAAGGAGUAAGUGACCAAGUACUUGUGGCAGUGGUGGUCAGCUUUGCUUUGAUCGCUACUCUCCUGUAUGCACUUCUCAGAAAUGUACAGCAGAACAUUCAUCCGGAAAACCAAGAGCUAGUCCGCGUGCUUCGAGAACAACUGCAAACAGAGCAGGAUGUCCCUGCUCCUGCUCGGCAGCAGUUCUACACGGAAAUGUACUGUCCAAUCUGCUUACAUCAAGCCUCCUUUCCCGUUGAAACAAACUGUGGACAUCUCUUUUGUGGUUCCUGCAUAAUUGCAUACUGGCGAUACGGGUCCUGGCUUGGUGCAAUCAGUUGUCCUAUCUGUAGACAAACGGUAACUCUGCUCCUAACAGUGUUUGGUGAAGAUGAUCAAUCUCAGGAUGUUGUAAGAUUGCGUCAAGAUGUUAAUGAUUAUAACCGGAGAUUCUCAGGGCAGCCUAGAUCUAUUAUGGAAAGAAUCAUGGAUCUCCCCACCUUGCUGAGACAUGCAUUCAGGGAAGUGUUUUCAGUUGGGGGUCUCUUCUGGAUGUUCCGCAUUAGGAUAAUGCUCUGUUUGAUGGGAGCUUUUUUCUAUCUCAUAUCACCUCUAGAUUUUGUACCUGAAGCCUUGUUUGGCAUUCUGGGCUUUCUAGAUGACUUCUUUGUUAUCUUUUUGUUGCUUAUUUACAUCUCUAUUAUGUAUCGAGAAGUGAUAACCCAAAGACUAACUCGAUGAGAAACAUUAGUUUACUAGAGUAUCUGAGCUUAUACAUAAAACCAAACAAAAGGAUCCAUGGCAGUAUCAAUCACCCAAGUACCAUUUUACACACCGAAAAUAUUUGGUUAUCAUUUGACAAAUGCGUAAGAAUAUACAACUGGAACAUUUACAUACUACAGCUUCUGUUGACAUCAGAUGUAUAGUGAUCUACAGGUUUAUCUCGAUUCUGUGUUGUCUGUAAAAAAGUAUGAAACCAAUUGAAAAGGGA